UCGUCGGGGCGCGUGUACCGGCAAGGCGUGGCCAAUUAAAAAGUCGAGUUUGAAGGGAGGGACCCGCGUGCUGCUGCUGAGGUCUGAGGCGAGCAAAGCGGGUGUAACCCGGCAUAGAGAGGAUAGCUAGUGUAACGGUGGGAAUCGAGGGCUUCACGUGGUGGACAGGGGAGGACAACCGGGGGAGGACACAUAGUAGGGCGCGCCACAACCGGGGCAUGUACCUGCUGGUUUUUCCUUGAGUUCCUUAUAUCCACAUCGGAUGGUGAAUGAAACCGAUCCGCGUCCAGAACAGACACUGACAAAGAUGGAAAGUCAAGGCAGCCGCUGUAAGAUCGUGGUGGUCGGAGAUACGCAAUGUGGUAAAACGGCGCUCCUACAUGUUUUUGCGAAGGACUGCUAUCCCGAGAACUAUGUCCCCACCGUUUUUGAAAACUACACGGCCAGUUUUGAAAUCGACAAACAGAGGAUUGAGUUGAACAUGUGGGACACGUCAGGUUCCUCGUAUUAUGACAACGUGCGGCCGUUGGCCUAUCCUGACUCAGACGCCGUGCUCGUCUGCUUUGACAUCAGUCGCCCAGAGACCCUGGACAGUGUCCUGAAGAAGUGGCAGGGGGAGACCCAGGAGUUCUGUCCCAAUGCCAAGGUGGUUCUGGUGGGUUGUAAGCUGGACAUGAGGACCGACGUGGGCACCCUGAGAGAGCUGUCCAAGCAACGCCUCAUCCCCAUCACACACGAACAGGGUAGUGGCUUGGCCCGUCAGAUAGGUGCGGUAGCCUACGUGGAGUGCACCUCCAAGGUGUCGGAGAACAGCGUACGGGACGUGUUCCACAUCACCACGCUGGCGUCUGUGCGGCGGCCACACAAGCCUCAGCUGAAACGCAGCAGCUCCCGCCGGGGCCUCAAACGGGUGUCCCAGCUGCCCCUGGCCCCCCUGCCUGGUCGGACUGAUACCCUGGAUCCUGCCCCUGCCAUGCAGAAGGACCGGGCCAAGAGCUGUGUGCUCAUGUAGAGACCCACCAAGACAAAUCUAUAUAUAUAUACAGUACAGUAUGAUACACAGAAAUAUAUGACAGACAGAGGAACUCUAUUUAUUGGUUUUGUUUUGUUCAAUUUUAUUUAAUUAAAAAAAAAAGAAAUCCUCUAUUAUUCUCGUUUUGCACUGCUGAGGAACAAGGACAAAAAAAAGAAAAAAUAUGCUUUUGUGUGUGUUUGCGAAUCUUUUUGGAGCUGUUUACAUGAUUUUUUUUGUUUGACUGAUGGACGGUGAAGUGGACUGGUUUUCUCGAGACAAAGUCUCAGGGUGGGGAGAGGAGAGGAGGGGAAUAGGAAGUUCUGCAUGGUCCUGGGGUAGGGUUUGUGGAGUGCACUGACUGGGGGGGAUCAAUCGUUCACACAAGGACGGCACAACAGCCAUCUUUACUGCACGGCUGGAGGAGAAGACUUUCAUUCUGUGGAGAAGGUAGUGGAGGAGUUGGAUCAGGAAGAUGGAACAAGAAACGUCUCACUGGACAAUGGACAUGGUUGCUUUUGCUAUGCUAUAUUGUGAUGAUACUUCCUGUUGCCAUGUGUGAAUAGAAACGUGUAAGAACAAAAAAGCUGAAAAGGGACUCUUAUUGAGUGGGUAAAUGAUGGGAGUAGGUCAGACAGAACUACAGAAGUCAGUUGGACAUUGCUUUUGUAACCAGAGUUAACAUGAAGAAUGUGUGGAGUUUUCCUCAGAUUAUUCGAACCACAAGUGCUUUCUAGAAAAAAGUCACUUUACAUAUCUGUUUUUGUAAUAAUUUAACACUAUUCUAUGCGUCAACUCCGAUCAUGUCAAUUUGAUUCAAUGAAACUAUUGCUGUUGUCGUUAUGUUAAGAUGUUACUUUGUGGGAAAUUUAGCGGUAAAAUGUUGGGGCUAUUUUACUGUAUUUUCACAUACUCUAAAAGUCUCAAAUAAAGCAACAGCUUGGCUGUAGGGAGAAGAGACUUCCUCUCUGACCCAUGUCUCUUCGUUGUGUUUGAGAAUAUAUCAGUGCUGUCAGUCACUAACAUUACAUGCGGUGCUGCUGGAAAGUAUGUGAACCCCUUACGCAUUUACAGAUUUUUUUAUGAAAUCUUAAUUUAAUAAUCAGAACCAGUCUUUUUGACAUCUGACAUACAGUUGAAGUCGGAAGUUUACAUACACUUAGGUUGGAGUCAAUAAAACUUGUUUUUCAACCACUCCACAAAUUUCUUGUUCACAAAACUGGCAAUGACACAAGUCAAAUAGAACUGUUUGGCCAUAAUGACCAUCAUUAUGUUUGGAGGACAUAAAGGGGGAGGCUUGCAAGCCGAAGAACACCAUCCCAACCGUGAAGCACGGGGGUGGCAGCAUCCUCAUGUAGGAGUGCUUUGCUGCAGGAGGGACUGGUGCACUUCACAAAAUAGAUGGCAUCAUGAGGGAGGAAAAUUAUGUGGGUAUAUUGAAGCAACAUCAAGACAUCAGUCAGGAAAUUAAAGCUUGGUCACAAAUGGGUCUUCCAAAUGGACAAUGACCCCAAGCAUACUUCCAAAGUUGUGCCAAAAUGGCUUAAGGACAACAAAGUUGUUGUUGGAAUGUUGUUGUUGUUGUUGGAGUGGCCAUCACAAACCCUGACCUCAAUCCUAUAGAACAUGUGUGGGCAGAACUGAAAAAGCGUGUGCGAGAUAGGAGACCUACCAACCUGACUCAGUUACUCCAGCUGUCAGGAGGAAUGGGCCAACAUUCACCCAACUGAUCAUGGGAAGCUUGUGGAAGGCUACCCAAAACAGUUAAACCAUUUAAAGGCAAUGCUACCAAAUACACAUUUUGUGUAUGCAAACUUCUGACCCACUGGGAAUGUGAUGAAAGAAAUCAAAUCUGAAAUAAAUAAUUCUAACUGACAUAAGACAGGGGAUUUUUACUAGGAUUAAAUGUCAGGAAUUAUGAAAAACUGAGUUUAAAUGUAUUUGGCUAAGGUGUAUGUAAACCUCUGACUUCAACUGUAUGUCGGUGUAGAGAAAAUCAUACGUGUAGUAGAAGAAAACAAUUAAAAAGGUAAUUACUGCAGGAGCAAAAAUAAGUGAACCCCAGGUUGCAUUGGUUAAAUCAAGUAGGUAAGUCGAAUCAGGUGGGUUAACAAUUGGUUACCCAAUUAACCAAUCAAAGGAGAGAUCGUUAGGAAAGAGUUUGGGCGGGAUUCUGACAAAUAGAGAUCAGAAACCUGGUCAGUUUGGUGUUACUCAUCCAGGUGAAUGCAAAGCACGCCAUGCGGAGAGGAAAGGAGAUCUCAGAGGACAUCAGGACGAGGGUAGUGAGAGCACAUCAGUCUGGGGAAGGCUAUUACAUCAUCUCAAAAAGAUGUGAGCUCUGUCAGUCCACUGUUUGGCAAAUCAUUUACCAAUGGAGAGCAUUUCACAUGACAGCAACUCGGCCUAGAAGUGGACGCCCUUCCAAAGUAUCCCCAAGAGCCACAAGAACAAUAAGAAAUCAGGUGAAAGCUUACCCGAACAUAACUUGCUCCAACAAUGAGAACACUGAAUCAAAAUACUAUUGAUGGGAGGGUUGCUAGGAAGAAG